CAUUGGCAUUCAUACCGUUCACAGAUGAAGAGGAACCCGAGUGUUUUGUGAAUGCACACUAUCUCAUCAGACUGCGCCUUUAAGGGAGAGAGAAUCACCCCAAGCGAGACUGUGACGUCACACGGAUCAGCACAGCGAGUGAGCGAUCGAGAGAGAGAGAGAGAGAGAGAGAGAGACCGAGAAAAGACAGGAGAAGUGGUUGGAAGUGAUCUUUAAUGCCGGGUGUGACUGGAUGAUUGUGUAUCUGUUUUAAAAGCUCGGGAUAACACACAGGAGCGAAGGGGGAAUUAAUCGCGUUUCCGAUCUCCCGAAAAAAAAAAAAAAAAAAAGAAAGUAACCAUUGGAGGGGAACCAGGAUCGACAAAAACGAUUCACGGAUCCUCUUUUCCUGAGUUUGAAUCACGGUUUUCGUUGGCUACAGUGGUUUGAAUUGCGUAGUGCCACUAGUGGCAGCGCAAGUGAUUACAUUUAUCAGAAAGAAAGAAAGAAAGAAAGAAAGAAAGAAAGAGGGCUGCUUGAAAGCUUUCUUCCUGAAUCUACAAUGCUGUCGAAUGCCCACAAUCUGAAUCCAACAGACAAUCCAACAGUACCGGCGUUCCCUCCGCACCACGUUAAGCCCUUUCUUUUCAUUAGGAAGAACGCAAUAACUGACGACUACAAGGUCACCAGCCAAGUAUUGGGUCUGGGCAUUAAUGGAAAAGUUUUGGAGAUCUUCUCAAAGAAAACGGGAGACAAGUUUGCUCUCAAGAUGCUGCAGGACUGUGCAAAGGCACGCAGGGAGGUGGAGCUGCAUGCCCGUGCGUCUCAGUGCACCCACAUAGUGCGCAUCGUCGAGGUCUACGAGAACCUGUACCAGGGGAGGAAGUGCCUGCUCAUCGUCAUGGAGUGUAUGGAUGGUGGUGAAUUGUUCAGCAGAAUUCAAGACAGAGGGGACCAGGCAUUCACUGAGAGAGAGGCGUCAGAGAUCAUGCACAGUAUAGGAGAAGCAAUCCAGUACCUGCAUUCGAUCAACAUUGCACACAGAGACGUCAAGCCAGAAAACUUGCUGUAUACCACAAAAAGGCCAAGCGCACUUUUAAAACUCACCGAUUUCGGGUUCGCCAAAGAAACCACGACCCACAAUUCCCUGGCUACUCCGUGCUACACACCUUAUUACGUGGCCCCAGAAGUUCUUGGGCCAGAGAAGUAUGAUAAGUCCUGUGACAUGUGGUCCCUGGGAGUCAUCAUGUAUAUUCUGCUCUGUGGGUACCCCCCGUUCUACUCCAACCACGGCCUGGCAAUCUCCCCCGGGAUGAAGAAGCGAAUCCGCAUGGGGCAGUAUGAGUUCCCCAAUCCAGAGUGGUGCGAGGUGUCCGAGGAAGCUAAACAGCUGAUCAGACAUCUGCUGAAGACGGAACCGACACAGAGGAUGACCAUAACAGAGUUCAUGAACCACCCCUGGAUCAAUCAAUCAAUGGAGGUGCCACAGACCCCGCUGCACACCAGCCGAGUGCUGAAGGAGGAGAAAGAUCUGUGGGAGGAUGUGAAGGAGGAAAUGACAAGUGCCUUGGCUACCAUGAGAGUUGAUUACGAGCAGAUUAAAAUCAAGACAAUUGAAGACUCCUCCAAUCCACUGCUGAUGAAGAGACGCAAGAAGGCGAGCAACCCCCAGACGCAAUCCCCCAGCCAUUGAGGAGCCCCCACUCCCACUACCAUGAGAGAGACACACCAAGGAAGCAAUAAUAAUAAUGAUCGGGAACACUGCGCCCUGACAGGGAAGAGGAAACGCGUGCAUGAUGGAUUUCACUCAAGAAAUUUCAUUAAAAAAAAAAAAAAAAAGUUUUUUAUUUUAUUUUUUUAUUUUAGCUUUUUUUUUUUUUUGGUUUCCUCCUUCAAAGAAAAAGAAACAAAGAAAGCACUCUUACAACUAAAAUUUAAAUACAUUUUAGAAAAUAGAGGAGGAUGGAGGAUUGAAGAAGAAAAUCGACUAAAACAAAAUGCCUAGUUUUAAAAACAAACAAACAAAAAAACCUUAUUUUUAAAAUUCUAUUUUAAUAAUGUGCUUGUUUUGCAAACACAACUCCUUCUGAGGAAUAAAAUGGUUUCCUGCUCUCCAGAAGGUAACAAAAUCAUCUUCGAGGAAAUCUAAAGAGCACUGUUGUAAAGUAGUCCCAAAAAUUCACUGCUUAUCUUUAAUAUUACAACGUAUUUUCUUUUUUAAAAGCCUCAAUCCCCACCCAAAAAAAGACCUUCCAGAGCGAAGUAGAUCCAGAUAUUAAUGUGUUUUUUUAAUGGUCAAUGAAUGUAGAAACGCUCUUUAAUUUAAUGGUGGUAAAUCUCUUAAGGCUUUGACUACCACCACACCCAAAGCCAAGCUCACAACGACUCCCUGCUGAAACUUAUUGUCCCAGCAAGGAACCCCCCCCUCCUCCACCCCCCCGAAGUCUGGACCAGCCCCCUCCCACACAGCUGAGCCUGUCAAGCCUAGUGGCUUAUGCGAGAGUUAUUGACCAAGGUGGAAGGACUGCAGAUCUAUACUAGCACUCUUGUGAUGUUAAGGGAAACAAUAACCCCUUCAAAGGGGCGGGGGUUGUUUUUUGUUUUUUGAUUUUUUUUUGUUUGUUUUUAAUUUCUAUUUGUUUGUAUCUAUAGAACUGGAGGGGAUUCCCGAACAUAUACCGCAUAUUCCAGUUGCUCUCGGAUCAAAACAAACCUACAAAGCAUCACGUUUUUAAUUGUAGUUUUUUUUUUUUUUUAAUGAGCCCCCCCAACUGAAAAUAAGUAUUUUAAGCAUUAAUUGCGGUUAUUAUAAACAUUCUUCACGCAGUAGUAUUUAAAAAUAUAAAUCGAGAUAUCUGAAGGACAUUGGACCUUGGUGGGGCGUUCAUGUUAAGUCUGUGUAUUGUCCAUAUUGGUUUCAAAAUCCUACUAAAGGUCCUGUGUAAAAUCUGCUGGCGACAGGGUAUGUUCAGUGUCCUCUUUUCGCCUUCUUUUUCUAUUUUUAAGUCCUGUAGUGGAAUGUGAGCCAGAGGGCAUUUCGGUACUUCUUGUAGAGGGUUAUUUCCACUACAGUUUGUCGUCUGCAUUCUCGUGCCGUAGAUUAAAACCGUUUUGAGUACCUGCUGGUACUUUUUAAUUUUUUUUUUUUUUUGUUGUUGUUUGUUUUUCAAAUGUAUAAAAGCACAUAUUCAGUUUUGUUUUAUGUCAAACUGCUGUACUAAUGUUAAGGUCUGCUUCUACUUUGGAUUAAAACACUUUUAAAAAAACCAACAAAACAAAACCUAACCCUAA